CGCGUCCGUCCCGCUCCCGGCAGGGGAGGAGCCGGGGGGGCUCCCGGGGAGGAGCCCGAGGGGCUCCUGAUGAGGCGCCGGAGGAUGAACCAGCUGUACAUCGGCAACCUGAGCCCCGCCGCCACCGCCCAGGACCUCCGGCAGCUCUUCGGGGAGCGGCAGCUGCCCCUGCCCGGCCAGGUCCUCCUCAAGUCCGGCUACGCCUUCGUGGAUUACCCGGACCAAAACUGGGCCAUCCGGGCCAUCGAGACCCUCUCGGGGAAAGUGGAGCUGCACGGCAAAGUGAUGGAAGUGGAUUAUUCGGUGCCCAAAAAGCUCAGGAGCAGGAAGAUCCAGAUCCGAAAUAUCCCCCCCCACCUACAGUGGGAGGUGCUGGAUGGCCUGUUAGCUCAGUACGGGACGGUGGAGAAUGUAGAGCAAGUGAACACAGACACAGAAACAGCCGUUGUCAACGUGACCUACGCGACCAAGGAAGAGGCAAAAGUAGCCAUAGAGAAGCUGAGCGACCACCAGUUUGACAACUAUUCCUUCAAGAUUUCCUACAUCCCGGAUGAAGAGGUGAGCUCCCCUCCGCCCCCCCAGCGAUCCCGCCGCGGGGGCCACUCUUCCAGGGAGCGGGGCUCCUCCCCGGGGGGCUCCUCGCAGCCCAAACAGCUCGAGUUCCCACUGCGGAUGCUGGUGCCCACGCAGUUUGUUGGUGCGAUCAUAGGAAAGGAGGGCUUGACCAUAAAGAACCUUACUAAGCAAACCCAGUCCAAGGUCGACAUCCACCGGAAGGAGAACACCGGCGCUGCCGAAAAGCCCAUCACCAUCCACGCCACACCGGAGGGCUGCUCCGAAGCCUGUCGCAUGAUCCUGGAUAUCAUGCAGAAAGAGGCUGAUGAAACUAAAUCAGCAGAAGAGAUUCCCUUGAAAAUCCUGGCACACAACAGCCUGGUGGGGAGGUUGAUUGGCAAGGAGGGCCGCAACCUCAAGAAGAUUGAGCAGGACACGGGCACAAAGAUCACCAUCUCCCCUUUGCAGGAUUUGACCAUUUACAACCCCGAGCGGACCAUCACGGUGAAGGGCAGCACGGAGGCCUGUUCCCAUGCCGAGGUGGAGAUCAUGAAGAAGCUGAGAGAGGCCUACGAGAACGACGUGGUGGCUGUCAAUCAACAAGCCAACCUGAUCCCAGGACUGAACCUCAACGCCUUGGGCAUCUUCUCCACUGGGCUGUCCAUGCUCCCGUCCGCCCCGGGGGCCCGAGGGGCUGCAGCUGCCACCCCCUACCACCCCUUUGCACAGCAGAGCGGGCGCAGGAGGACGGGCUCCUCAGCCUACGUGUCGGGUCUGUACGGAGCCUCUCCGGCUGGCGCCUUCCCCCACCAGCACCCUCUGCCGGAGCAGGAGGUGGUGAACUUGUUCAUCCCGACGCAGGCGGUGGGGGCCAUCAUCGGCAAGAAGGGGCAGCACAUCAAGCAACUGGCACGGUUUGCUGGUGCCUCCAUCAAGAUCGCCCCAGCAGAAGGUCCAGAUGCCAGCGAGCGGAUGGUGAUCAUCACGGGACCACCCGAGGCUCAGUUCAAGGCCCAGGGACGAAUAUUCGGGAAGCUGAAAGAGGAAAACUUCUUUAACCCGAAGGAGGAGGUGAAGCUCGAAGCCCACAUCAAGGUGCCUUCCUUCGCCGCCGGCCGCGUCAUCGGCAAAGGCGGCAAGACGGUGAAUGAGCUGCAGAAUUUAACGAGUGCAGAAGUGAUUGUGCCGCGGGACCAAACCCCAGACGAGAAUGACGAGGUCGUCGUCAAAAUCAUCGGGCAUUUCUUUGCCAGUCAGACUGCCCAGCGCAAGAUCAGGGAAAUCGUGCAGCAGGUGAAGCAGCAGGAGCACAAACACGCUCAGGGAGCCGCGGCCUCGCAGCAGCACAGCAAGUGAGGCUCCCGCCAGCACCGCCCGACGAAUGUAACCCCCCGGCGCCCCCGGACCCCCAGCAGGGCAGGGCACAAACCAAAGACCCCCCCGGGCCCCCCAGGCGUCAGCCAGGAGAGGCACGGGGAGGGCUCCCUCCAUCCCGCAGCCUCUGCCUUAUUCCAUCGCCUCCCCCGCCAGCGCUCUCCCUCCAGGUGGACUAACACAGGCAGAGAGAGGGGAUUUGGAUUUUGGAAUUUUUGGGAAUUUGUUUGGAAUUUGUUUGGAGUUUUCCCCCACCCUGUUUCACCCAGGAGGGGCUGGCCCGGCCUGGGGGGGCCACGGCGCUCGUUAAUUUUAGAAUUAAUACAUUGGUAACAAAACUAACGCCCCAUUUUUAAGUUUUGUAAGGUUUUAUUUUGGUUUUUUUAAUUAUUUUUCUUUUUUUUUUUAAUUUUCAGGGGGAGGGGGCUCUUUAUUUUUAGCAAAAGCAGGCUUUUCUAGAGGUCUAAGGGCAGGAGCUGGUCCAUUGGUUCUCUAAUGCACCGUAGAGCAGCAGAGCUGUAAGAUUGCCAGCAGGGAAAAAAAUUAUUAAGUAAGUGUUAAAAAGCGAUUUCUGAAGGGCUUUGAGAAGAGCGGGGCCUGUAGGAGUCAACAGGAUUCCCCUUGCCUCCUGCAAGAGGAAUCUCUCCUUCACCCACCCUUUCCUCUUUGCUUCACAAAAGUGGGGGUUGUAUCCCUUCUGUCCCCCCUUUCUGUCUGUCCUCUUCCUCUCUCCAUCACUGCCCAGCACUGACAUCCCUGAAAAACUAUGGGCAGCACCAGCCCUGCCCGCUUUGGGCUGGGAUUUUAGGGAAAUGUUGCAGGGAGAGGAGAGGGAGGUUGGAGGAAAAAAAAGUGGAUUUACAAAAGAGGUUGCCAGUCCAGGGGCUGGAAAAACCAACCAGCAAAAUUAAAAAUAAUUUUUUGAAAAAUUUUUUAAAAAUAUUUUUAAAAUU